GACUAACGACUUUUGCUGAGCUACAGAGCUACUUGAGGCCCUCACUCCUCCCAAAAGAUGGACGUUCUUCACGAAGAGUUCUCUAAGAUAUUGUACCCUGUAGUCCAGUGGCAUGACUAGGUUCCUCCCUCAGAGAUUUUAACAAUUUAAUGUAAUAGAUAACUGUUCAUACUGGCAGAAAAAUUGACCAAUUAUUAAGUAAACCCUCUUAACCUGUCGAUCCGUAUCAAGAUUCGAUGUAGUUGGUGCGGGUAAUAUUAGAAAUUUAUUGAUGCGUUGGUCAGUUAUGUGAAUUAAAGUUUAGUGAUUCUGUUGGACAAAAAAUUCUAUUUUGUAUUUUGAACCAUCUUGCUUCAAUAGUUUUGGAGUUAUGACUACCAGAUCCACCGAAGCAGCAAUUUCUUUCUCCUCACCCCGGCUCCACAGGUUAAAUUCAAAUUCAUUAAAAUCUGAUGCCAACAAGUUUUGGUCUAGAGGUCAAGUUUGGGUGACGGCCUCAACAGACAGUUUUUGGGAAGAUGAUCUGGAAGAAAAAAUUAAAAAGAAAGUGUUAUUGUGUAAAAGUAUUUUCCAUACAGGCCGGUCUCUCGAGAUGAAGAAUCUUUCACAGAACGUCACCGAACCGGAGAUUAGAGAGCUCCUCAAUGACUUUCCGGUGACCAAGAUCACAGUGACGUCUGGGGCAAAUUCGUCUAUUGCCAGGGCCGAGUUGGAGAACCCAGAGAUGCUGGAAGAGUGGGACCGUGACAGGACUUUCCUUUUGUGUGGAAAAUGUGUACCUGUGUGUCCUGCAGCGACAAAGAUAAUGUUGUGUGUGGCAAACCUACCUCUGAACUAUACAGAAAAAGAGUUCAACGCUCUAGUCAAAUACUGUGGGGAAGUCAAACGCAGCUUCCUUAUGAUUAGUGAAAAGACUGGAGAAAGUAAAGGUUACGGGUUUGUCGAGUACAAAAGUAAAGAAAUUUCAGUACUAGCAAAGAACAUCCUCGGCAGCCAACAGAUCAACAACCAUACACUUGUCUGUGAUUGGCUGGAUUCAAGCCACGUUACAUUUGAAUCACUCCAUUCCAAGUGCCUGUAUGUAGAUGGUCUUCCAAUAAACUACUGUGACAUGAGUGAGUUUCGUAAGAUAUUUUCAUCAAUUGUCAACCCUCUAUUUUGCCAAAUUGCCUUGAAACAAGGGUGUCCACAGGAUUGGGGACUUGUAGAGUACAGCAACUGGGAAGAUGCAGAGGCUGUGCAGACUUCCCUCGACGGAUACAAUCUGCAUGGUAAGAACAUCAAAAUCAGUUAUUACAUUCCUGGGAUACGGGCUUUCAACCUCUAUCAGCAGCUGCUCAAUGAUGUUGACCCUAAGGAUAGAUCUACUGGGCUACUUCCUGAGCCAAAUGACCAAACUGUUGCGCAAAAUCUUCAUAACCUUUUUAAACAGAACCCUAUUUUUGCACUAAACCUGCAAAGUGUAAUCGCCACCAGUCAAAAACAAGCGACAAAUUUUGGAGAACAGCCUCCAGACCCUGAAAGAGCAUCUCUCUUAGUUACUAUGCCGGAUCCAGUCAAAAAACAGAUUAAUUUUCUAUCAGGAACAGACCUUUAUAUGUCUCCCACCAUCCAACAACCGCCAUCACCAGUGACUAGCCCACCGUUGUUCCUCAAGCCUACCCCUUUUCCACCUACUAAGAUACCAUUGGUGCCAAAUCUGUCAUCAAUGGCUCCCCAGCCCUCGCAAUGGUUGAGAAAUAGCCCCCCUGCUGGAGAAGUUGCUCCGGCUUUGACUGUAGAAGGGGAACCCUCUCCCAGCUAUUGGGCGGAUCUACGAGGACAGCUAACAGGAGGUACUCCUACACCCGUUUCCUUCCCCGUACCUCCUCCCAAACCACCGAGUUACCCCUACAACAUGCCUCCUCCCAAUUUUAUUCGAGAUCACGCUCCGAAUAUGCACGUAGAGUCUCACCAGAAUCUCAUACGUCUCCCCAGCAAUCAACAGAGCCAACAACAGUUCCUAACCAACUUACAUUCCCAGGGUCAACCCGCCUCGGACAUACCCUCCUUCACGUAUCCUGUCAUCAACCCGAUGGGUUCGUCCUUGCCAGUAGCCCCGCCUCUACCUCGCUCUCCACUCACAGAUUCUCCUGAACCUGUCAACUUGACACCUUUGUUGUUCUCCACAAGCACUCCUACGUACUUUUCCACCUUCCCACAACCUGUGUUCAAUCCCUUCGCAUCGCCGGACAUCAUUAGGUCGCAGGCCUCACCCACGGUUUCUCCCCAGCCCAACCCCAUCAUAACUCCUUUUGGUCAGAAGAGGAGGUUGUUACCCUCUCGUGAGCCUAGUCCAGAAAGCAACUACGUUGGUCAACAUUCACAGGGGCUCGGCGGACAUUACGAAGGUUCCUACUUCAAGAGAAAGAAAAAGAACUGA